AAAAAAAAAAAGCCUGAAAAGCGACAAGCAAAGUAACAAUAUAAGCAAUUAAAAUACAUUCUAAAACAAACCAUUUAAAGCUAAAAAAGGCUUCAAAAUCAAACUCCUAAGGGAAACAGUGAGAAAAAAUUAGUACAAUAAAAAGUACUAAAAUCACCUAUAGCCAACAAUUGUACUAUCCCCAGCGACUACAACCGUUAUAUCUAUACCAAGAAUUGCAUCAAUCAACAUCUCAAGAGGACACCAGCCCUGAGAAGAACAUCAGCAUCCAGGAAGCAGGAUCAAUAUUAGAAAAAAUGAGCACAGCAAUAAGACUUUUGGUCAUAAUAAUGACGAUUCUCACCACCGUAGCACAACAAAUCGACAUACAAGACUUGACAAAUAAUAACGGAUAUAUUCCCAUCAAGACGGAGGAAAUAAAAGUAAUCGAUCACUAUAGCAAAAUUCUUCAUAUUGUUAAUAUAACUGCGUACGAGGACACAGUGACACUAAUCCUACACAACAUACAAGGACUAACCGCCAAUAGAAUAGAAAGCAAGCACUUACUGGACACAGUCAAUAAGAAUUUUUUAUUAUUAGAAAAGAAGAUUGAGAAUCUUAACCCACACUUUAGACAUAAAAGAGGCUUAAUAAAUGUAUUAGGAAAAGGACUUAAAGUAGUAGCAGGUACUAUGGACAGUGACGACGAAACCAAAAUAAAAAACUCUUUAGAAUACCUCUCAAACAACGGAAAAAUCUUGACGGAUAGAAUCCAUAAUCUGACAUUCGUAAAUAAUUUACUAUCAUCCCAAAUACAAAACAUUACUAAUCACAUAAAUAACAAACAGAUUGUAAUAAGUGACUAUUUGAACAAAUUCAAGAACUUUAUCCAAAACAAAAUAAUGACAGUAGAAGACGAAAUUGAAUUUAUGCAACAAAUUUACCAAGUUAACAAUGACAUUUCCCUUUUACGUGACCACAUUGACGACAUCGGUCAAAUAAUAUUUUCAAGCAAACUCGGAAUAAUUCCCACCGAUAUUUUAACAGAGACAGAACUCAACUUGAUUAAUGACUUUGACAGCUACUCUAACAUCAAAGUUUCCGUCGCCGUACAAGAACAGAAUAUUAUCAUAAUCCUUAAAAUUCCUAACUAUUCACGAGAUAUCCUAUCCAAAAUCCUGUUCGAGCCUAUCCCUAAUGCCAAAAAUAAAACAAUCAUAUUGAAAAAUUAUGAAAUACUAGUGGAUAAUAUGAACAAUAUUUUUAAUGUAAAUGUAAAGGAAAAUCUGAAACAAAAUUUGAAAAAAAUUGUAGAUGAUUGUUUAAAGAAUAUACUAAACUUCGAAGAAGCAUACUGCGAUAUGCAAACCUUUGAAGAAACCGUUGUAAACGAAAUUUUACCUGGUAUACUAAUAUUUAAGAAUUUCUAUUCUGAAAUUGUACACAAUUGUAAUAAAAUGAAAAUAAAAAUUAAAGGAAAUUUUCUUAUUAAAUUUGAGAACUGUGAAAUUAGAGUAAUGAAUAAAACCUUUUCUAAUGUAAAAAUGAAAGCAUUCGAUCAAUUUAUUUUGCCAAAUAUGAUAACAAAAAUUAAAUACCAAAAUACAUCUUUUCCAAAUCUAAAGUUGAAAUCUUUGUACUUAAAACAAUUAAAUCAAGAUGAUCACAUUAAACUCUUAGUGAAUGAAAACUAUAAAACGCAUAUAAUUAGUCUAAGCACUGAUGUCGCACUAGUAUUUAUUAUAGUACUAGUGGUAUUCAUUUUGGUAUUCAUAAUUAAGCACAAGCACAAGCUAUAUGUAUCACCAGUAUCGCAAGGAAAAACUGAAGACGUUUCAAAUUUAAAAAACGGUCCAUUUUUACAAGUCGCAAUAUCUUAGAAUAUUUUACAAAAACACCGAUUGGGGACAAUCGAUUUAAGAGGGGAAGAGUUAACACCAAAGAUGUUAGUAACCCCACAGCCAACUUCCGGCACGUGUCUUAAGAAUAGUUAACAUUCAAAUUCCCGGAAUUAAUUGCAAUAUUGGUUGUGCCAAUUUUUAUGCAACGGAAAUCAAUAAUAUUGCAUUAUUGCAGAAAUAUUAACUUUCCAAAGAAUAGCUUGCGCAAAGCGCAAGCUGAAACAAUAUUGCUAUUGCAGCAGUCUGCUCAGUACAAUAAACUGGUGAUGCAAAUAAUUAAGUGCAUAGCCCUAGCUUUAAUAUAAAUAUAAGUACUUGUAAACUAGAUCAGUUGGGCAGUUGUUAAUUUAAACUCAAUAAACGCGGAAUCGCUGUCCGCCUAAAACU